AUGGAGGAUUUUAUAGUACUAAGAACUCAUCAUAGUGGUGAGUUCGUUGAUGGUGAUCUUAGAGUGUAUGAAGGAGGUAAAAUUGAUGAGCUGAAAGUGGAUCUGGACAGAUGGAGUUACUUUGAGUUGAUAGGUACACUGAAGGACUUAGGUUAUAAGGAUUUUGAGAAAAUAUAUUACAAUGUACCAAAAUUUGGGAUGAACUCAUUGAAUGAUGACGCAGGAGCAUUAGAAAUAGUUGAUUUUCAUAGGGUUCACCUAGGUGUAGACAUUUACAUUCAACAUAAACUUGAUCAACCUGGUUACUAUGAUGGGCCUAUAGAAGCAGAAUUAGGAAAUGGUGAAAAUGUGAAUGAGGGGCCUGAUGUGGUUGAGGAUAUGCUUUCUAAAUUAUAUGAAGAAGCAGUCAAUGAAAAUGAUACUUACAAAGAAGCUAAAAAUGUUGGUUUGGAUGGGCCUAUAGAAACAGAAUUGGAUGCUCAAAAUGUUGGUUUGGAACAUCCUACAUCAACAGAAUUGGAUGCUUAG